AUGUAUCAUACUCUCUGGGCAGACGGGAAUCCAGCGAUUGCGCAAGAAGAGGGAUUUAUGCCCCUUCUUGUGAAUGGAUUGGGGGCCGACAUUGCAAAGGAAGUUUUGGAUGCUUCUAGACAGUCGGAGAUCAAAGAGCGGUUGGCGGGGAACAUGCAGAAGGCGUUUGAUAGGGGAGCAUUUGGAUUGCCUUGGUUUGAGUGUGUGAAUGUUUCUGGGGAGAAGGAGGGCUUCUGGGGUGUUGAUCAUAUCGGGAGGGUCAUGGAAUUUUUGGGGUUGGAGAGAUGUGCUGAUGUAGCCUUUUAG